CCGGCAGAACCCAAACAGCACCCUUGAAUAGGUCAGGUCUGCCAGCUCCGGCAGGGAGCAAAUUAAAGGGUUUUGCUUCCCUUCUCCAUCCACCGUGAUUUUUCCAGUGCUGUGGAAGUGCAGUUCCUUCGCUAACAGUGGGAUGGGUCGGUGGCAAAAGAUUGCAAUCCCCUUUUUGGGUUUGGUUUUGGCCUUCUGGUUCUAUUCUGCAAGGGAGAACUUCAAGCCGGAGAUGCUGAAAGGGAAGCGGGUGAUCGUCACCGGGGCGAGCACUGGGAUCGGCGAGCAGAUGGCGUAUCACCUGGCGCGGAUGGGAGCUCACGUUUUGAUCACAGCACGGACAGAGGCCAAACUACAGAAAGUGGUGGAGCGGUGCCGGGAGCUGGGAGCAGCCUCUGCGCGAUACAUCAGCGGAACCAUGGAGGACAUGGCCUUCGCCGACCACGUGGUGAAGGAGGCAGGGACCUUGCUGGGAGGCCUCGACAUGCUGAUUCUUAACCACGUCGGCGCAUCGUACUUCGGUUACUAUAACGGGGAUGUUGAGCACGUACGGAAGCUUCUGGAGAUCAACUUCCUCAGCUAUGUGGCCAUGACCACAACCGCCCUGCCCAUGCUCAAGGAGAGCAAGGGCAGCAUUGUGGUGGUUUCAUCCAUGGCAGGUAAAGUCGGGUUUCCCUUUACGGUUCCCUACUCUGCAACUAAGUUUGCCUUGGACGGAUUUUUCAGCUCCCUGAGACAGGAAUUCACCAUGCAGAAUGUUAAUGUCUCCAUCACCCUCUGCAUCCUUGGUUUUAUCGAUACCGAGCGGGCGGUGCGGGAUGCCGCGGGAGUGCUCCUCUCGCCGCCGGCGCCGCGGGCCGAGUGCGCGCUGGAGAUCGUGCGGGCGGGAGCGCUGCGGCUCCGCGAGCUCUACUACCGCUACGGCUCCACCCGCCUGCCGCUGCUGCUCCGGGACUGCGCCGCGGACCUCCUCGACUACCUCGUCCGCAGCCGCUACCGCCUCUAAAGAAGCGCUAAUUAGCGCCCUCGUUAUAGCCAUGGCCCGGCGCGCGCUCUCCUGCAUCCUCCGAGCGCCUUUCCGGCCCGGGAUGAGGCGUGGGAGAGCGGAGCCCUUCCCUCCCGCAGCGCACGGGAGGGCAGGAACGAACCAAUUACUAAAUAAAACUCU